AUGUGCUACACGCUCUGUUCCCAGGACUUCCAUGUGAGCAUCCAACUGGUGGAGCAGUGGCGGGACCCUCGGGUGGCGAACUUGACGCAGGAGGAGCGUGUGCCGGUGGCGCCUGAGGUGGAGAUGUGGAUCCCUCAUGUCGACUUCACAAACGCCAAGACCACCACGGUCACUACGGGGGAGGACGAGACCUCCAUGUGGGUGUCACGGGACGGCUUCAUCAAUAGAGCAUUAAGAUAUGACAUCCGUGCUUCCUGCCCGAUGAACCUACAAAGCUUCCCAUUGGACAAACAGCGAUGCAAGCUCAAGCUAGACGGAGUUGAUGACGUCCGGCUGCAGUGGGGUUUCCCGUUCAUCUGGACCCAGGACGUCCCGGUGGUGACGGACGCCACGGCGCUCCACUCACAGUUCAAACUCACCGGCAUCACCACCAAGGCUUACGUCAACUCCUUCCUUCCGAACGCUAAAGGAAAAGGCUGUACCUACGCGGCGAGCAUGUGCGGUUUUGAGGGUGCUGACGACUGUCUGACCGACACCCAGCACUGUGAGGACGCCGUGGGCACGCAGGAGUGUGACGGCUGUCAGUACUUCACUGGCACCUGUCAGAACCGGAGUAGGGACUGCAGUCUACUGGAAACAGGUGACAAGAACACCUUCACAACCCUGGAGAUCCAGCUGCACCUGUCCCGGCGGCUGGCCUACCACCUGCUGCAGAUGUACAUCCCCUCCACCUCCAUCGUCAUCAUGUCCUGGGUCUCCUUCUGGAUCGACAUCGCCGCGGUGCCGGCCCGGGUUUGUCUGGGCGUCACCACCGUCCUGACCAUGACGGCGCAGAGCGGUCGCACCUUCGCUAUGCCCGAAGUGUCGUACGUGCGCGCCAUUGACGUCUGGAUCGUCGUCUGUCAGCUCUUCGUCUUCUCGGCGCUCAUCGAGUACGCCGUGGUCAACUUCGUCUACAGAUUCGGGGGGCUGGUGGUUCGUAAACAACCCAACUCUAAAGCACAGGACCACGGUACAGAUGACGUCACCGCUGUGAAGAUCCAGCAGCUGAAGAACCCCGGAGACAAGGGCAAGCGGAAGGCUCAGACCAUAGACAACGCCUGCCGGGUCAUCUUUCCGUCAUCCUUCAUUGUGUUCAACCUGGUCUACUGGGCAGUCUACCUCCUUUAAGCAAGGAGGUUAGAAAAAGAGACAACCUCCUUAGUCUCCAAGCAGAC